AUGACCACCCUCUCUCCCGAAAACAGCCUCUCUGCCAGGCUGUCAGCCUCCUUCAUCCUGGUGAAGAGGAAACCACCCAUUGACAAGACAGAGUGGGAUGGCUUCUUUGAUGAGAAUGGUCAGUUGGCCAAGUCACGAGACUUCAUUUGUGUUGACAUCCUGGAAAGGGGCUUACACCCCUUCGUGAGGAUGGAAGCCUGGAAGUUCCUCACAGGCUACUACUCCUGGCAGAGCUCCCUGGAUGAGCGGCUCACAGUGGACAGCACAAGGAGGAAGAACUACGAGGCCUUAUGCCAGAUGUAUGAGAAGAUUCAGCCUCUUCUGGAAAACCUGCACCGGAACUUCAUAGAGACUCGGAAUAACAUCACAUAUGACGUCCAGAAACUCUAUGACAAAGACCCCCUGGGUAACAUCCUUAUUGACAAGAAGAGACUGGAGAAGAUCCUGCUCUUGAGUUAUGUCUGCAACACCCAGGCAGAGUACCAACAAGGCUUCCACGAGAUGGUGAUGCUAUUCCAGUUGAUGGUGGAACAUGACCAUGAGACCUUCUGGCUUUUCCAGUUCUUCCUGCAGAAGAUGGAGCACAGCUGUGUCAUCAACAUCGGGGUGGGCAAGAACCUAGACAUGCUCAACAACCUGAUCAACUUCCUGGACCCUGUGUUUGCUGAGCACCUAAAAGGAAAGGGCGCGGGGGCUGUGCAGUCCCUCUUCCCCUGGUUCUGCCUCUGCUUCCAGCGUGCUUUCAAGUCCUUCGACGAUGUCUGGAGGCUUUGGGAGGUUCUACUGACUGGGAAGCCCUGCAGAAACUUCCAGGUGCUAGUGGCCUACAGCUUGCUGCAGAUGGUGCGUGAGCAGGUCCUGCGGGAGGGCAUGGCCGGCGAUGACAUCCUCCUGGCCUGCAACAACCUGAUUGACCUUGAUGCUGACGAGCUGAUCUCCUCCGCCUGCUUGGUUUAUGCGGAGCUCAUUCAGAAGGAUGUUCCUCAGCCAUUAAAGGAUUUCUUUCUCUGA